GUGAUGGAGGCAAUGACAAUCACACUAAUUGCACCAGGCCCAAGCUGAGUGCCAGUUUCCUCUCCUGAAAGAAUGGAACAGUCAUCUUAGGAGAACAAAGGACAGACGUCUCUGAGCCAGACACUGAAUGGACACACACUGACCAGUGCUGCCUGCUGCCUGUUGGAAAUCAAACAUUUACCCGUGAUUACCUGUGAUGAAUUGUCGUCGCUGUCCUCUGUUCCGCCUGACACUGUUUGAAAUGACAGACAAAAGUGUUCAGAAGUCAAGGAUGGUUGCACUGGUGGACAGAGGGUCUCUUCCAUCUGGACGCAGUGUGAUGGCUUUCUGUCACACUGUCUGUCUCCUUCUAGCACAUUCCUGUCAUGGUCAGCAUCAGCUGAUUGGUCCUCCUCAGCCAAUAGUGGCAAUAGUUGGUGAUGAUGUCAUUCUGCCGAGCCACCUGGAACCUGCCACAGACGCUGCAGACAUGCCAGUGGACUGGAUGAGACCUGACCUGGACCACAGUUUGGUGCACCAGCGGUAUAAAGGUCAGGAGGUUGUGACACGUCAAAACCCAUCCUACGUGGGAAGAACGUCUCUUUUCACUGACAAACUGAAGCACGGAAACGUUUCACUGAAGCUCUCUGAGGUGAAACUUUCUGAUGAGGGAGGGUACAGGUGUCUCCUUCCCUCAUUGCCAAGAGAAUCCUUCAUUGAGCUUAUCGUUGGUGCUGCCUCCUCUCCUGUCAUCAACGUGACCAAAAGCAGCAGUGGAGUGGUUUUAGAGUGUGAAAGUAAAGGCUGGUACCCAGAGCCUGAGCUGUUUUGGCUGGACGCUGAGGGAAAGCUCCUCUCUGCUGGAGCUCCAGAGACAGUCAGAGGUCCUGAUGGCCUCUAUACUGUCAGCAGCAGAGUGACUGUGGAGAAGAGCCACAGCAACAGCUUCACCUGCAGGGUUCAGCAGCUCAGCAUCAACCAGAGCAGGGACACACACAUCCACGUCCCAGGUGCUGCCUCCUCUCCUGUCCUCAACAUGACCAAAAGCAGCAGUGGAGUGGUUUUAGAGUGUGAAAGUAAAGGCUGGUACCCAGAGCCUGAGUUGUUUUGGCUGGACGCUGAGGGAAAGCUCCUCUCUGCUGGAGCUCCAGAGACAGUCAGAGGUCCUGAUGGACUCUAUACUGUCAGCAGCAGAGUGACUGUGGAGAAGAGCCACGGCAACAGCUUCACCUGCAGGGUUCAGCAAAGCAAAAUACAGCAAACCAGGGAGACACAGAUUCAUGUUCCAGAUGAUCUCUUCCCACCUAAUCAUGCUAUUGCUAUCACUGUCCGUGUGGUUGUUCCUGUCAUGUGUAUUUCUGCAGUUGUCUUUAUUUUGUGGAAAAAGGAGAGUUUAAGAAAUCAAGACCGAGAUACAGCGUAAGGUCAAAAAUAUGAUGAGAAGAGGAAGAGAGAGAGAAGAAGACACACCACAACAAAGUAGUGACAAAGAAGAAACCAAGUCUCUGACGGAAGGAGAAAGGGACAGGGAGCAGAUCGAAGCAGAAAGCGCGGUUGAUCUUGACGCAAAAAACAGGGAGUAUAACAUUUAUUAAAAGGGUGCAAUACAAUAGGGAGCACAGCAUUUAAUAAAAGGGUGCAAUACAAUUUACUAUAGAUAUUUAAACUGCACUGCAUUAAGCCUUUUACUUUUUUGAAUUUUUUUUUGACAUUUUAUUUAUUGCUGUCACUUUUACCAGUUGUCUUAUGUUGUGUGUACUUGUAAUUUUAAUCUUUUGCCUUGCUUCUUUAAUGAGAGUGGCAAACUCAAAUUUUCCUUAUAUCUUUAUUUGUAUAGUUGACUCACCUAACAUAAAGCUCGUGUCCAAUCUCUUCCGAUACGAGCUAUUUGGCAUCUCCAGUUCAAAGCUGUGCUGGACAAAUACUGACACUUUACACACUUUACACUCGCUUUAAAGUCUCUGCAUUGGCUGCCGGUCAGCUUUCAUACUGACUUUAAAAUUCUUUUAUUAGUUCCACACACCUUUUGGACCCCUUCAUUUCACUUUAAUUUACUUUAUGCA